AUGGAGGAUCUCUGCCAAUAUGCAGCAUCCACAAUACCUACAGAUAUAGGUGUCCAGAUCUCAUACAUCUCGACGCUGGUGACCCACGUGGCGUUGAUUAUCUUCAGUGUCUUCCUCAUUGUGGGAGUCAUCCAGGAGCGCAUAAGCCUGCUGACGCCCUGGGUGGUGGCCAACAUAACGUUCAUGGCUCUGGAGGCUGUGUGUUGCGUGUAUUCCAAUGUCCUGAGAGACCAUAUUAACAAGAGAUUCGACUCCCUUUGUAAGGCUGAGAUGGCGUUCUUCCUUACAAGAGGUUUCUUUAACGUUCUGGCUCUGACCGGCGUAAUGAAGUUCUUCAGGAACCUGCGAGCUGGCAUCACCUACAGGGACCCCGAGGCUAUCGAGCUAUAGGCCCUGUCCACACCGUACCUGGGCUUUCACCUGCUGGCACUGUGCCACCUUAAAAAGGAAGAAAAUGUUGGGUGCACGCCAUCUGUUCUUCAGAGGACUAUCACGCCAUUCGAAAAUAAGAGUGUGGUGUAUUUCCCACGAGAAAAAACUUGUAUAUUUGUGUAUACUCGUGUCUUGGUUUUGUGUUAUAGUUAGUAUGUGUGUGGGGGGAGAGGGAGGGGAGUACAGAUAACCAUAGGCAGGGACUUUAUGAAUGAGCGAGAAGUGAAAAAAAAAUCUUCAACCGGGAGAGAUUCUUGAGAACUUGGAAAUUGUCUGUGUAAGAAGAGCUGAGGGCAGGAAAUUCGUGAGGAGACUUUUUUCAUAGUUUCUCUUCUAGGCUUUUUUUUUUUUUUUUUUUUCUAAGAGAGAAAGGUACAGAGUGACACGCAUGGGUGUAUGAAUUCUUCAGAGAGAGAGAGAGAGAGAGAGAGAGAAGAGAGAGAGAGAGAGAGAGAGAGAGGAGGGGUA